UCUGCCUAGGACAGCGCUCACCACUGAAUGACUUCCAGGUGCUUCGUGGCACAGAACUGCAGCACCUGCUACAUGCAGUGAUACCAGGGCCUUGGCAGGAGGAUGUGGCAGAUGCUGAAGAGUGUGCUAGGCUCUGUGGGCCCCUCCUGGACUGCCGUGCCUUCCAUUAUAACAUGAGUAGCAAUGGUUGCCAACUCCUGCCGUGGACCCAGCACUCACCCCACAUGCAGCUACAACGUUCUGGGUGCUGUGAUCUCUUCCAGAAGAAAGACUAUGUGCGGUCCUGCCUCAUGGACAAUGGGGUUGGGUACCGGGGCACUGUGGCAAAAACAGCAGGUGGCCUGCCCUGCCAAGCUUGGAGACACAGGUUCCCUAACGACCACAAGUAUACUCCCACACUCCGGAACGGCCUGGAAGAGAACUUCUGCCGCAAUCCUGACGGGGACCCUGGAGGUCCCUGGUGCUACACGACAAACCCUGCAGUGCGCUUCCAAAGCUGCGGCAUCAAGUCCUGCCAGGAGGCUGCUUGCAUUUGGUGCAACGGCGAAGAUUACCGCGGCGCGGUGGACCGUACAGAGUCGGGACGCGAGUGCCAGCGCUGGGACCUGCAGCACCCGCAUUCGCAUCCCUUCGAGCCUGGCAAGUUUCCGGACCAAGGUCUGGAUGACAACUAUUGCAGAAAUCCUGAUGGAUCUGAGCGACCCUGGUGCUACACUACAGACCCGCAGCUCGAGCGAGAAUUCUGCGACCUCCUCCGUUGUGGAUCCGAGGUACAACCAAGCCGCGAGGCCACAACAUUCAGCUGCUUCCGCGGAAAGGGUGAGGGCUAUCGGGGCACAGCCAAUACUACCACUACGGGCGUGCCUUGCCAGCGUUGGGACGCUCAGAGCCCGCAUCAGCACCGGUUUGCGCCGGAAAAAUACGCUUGCAAGGACCUUCGGGAGAACUUCUGCCGAAACCCAGACGGCUCCGAGGCGCCCUGGUGCUUCACAUCACGGCCUGGUAUGCGCGUGGCUUUUUGCUACCAGAUCCAGCGCUGUACUGACGACGUGCGGCCGGAGGAUUGUUACCACGGCUCAGGCGAGCAGUACCGCGGCUCAGUCAGCAAGACCCGCAAGGGUGUCCAGUGCCAGCGCUGGUCUGCUGAGACACCGCACAAGCCUCAAUACACGCCCUCCUCAGUUCCUCAAGCUCAACUGAAGGAAAACUUCUGCCGGAAUCCAGAUGGGGAUAGUCAUGGGCCAUGGUGCUACACCAUUGACCCAGGGACUCCGUUUGACUACUGUGCCCUUCGACGCUGCAAUGAUGACCAGCCACUGUCCAUCCUAGAUCCCCCAGACCAGGUACAGUUUGAGAAAUGCGGCAAGAGGGUGGACAGGCUGGAUCAGCAGCGCUCCAGGCUCCGUGUGGUGGGGGGCCAUCCUGGGAACUCACCCUGGACAGUCAGUUUGCGUAACCGGCAGGGCCAGCAUUUCUGUGGAGGGUCCCUAGUAAAGGAACAGUGGGUACUGUCUGCCCGGCAAUGCUUCUCAUCCUGCCAUGAACCUCUCACGGGAUAUGAAGUGUGGUUGGGCACCCUGUUUCAGAACCCACAGCCAGGGGAGCCAGGCUUGCAGCAGAUCCCAGUGGCCAAGAUGGUGUGUGGGCCCUCAGGCUCCCAGCUUGUCCUGCUCAAGCUGGAGAGACCGGUGAUCCUGAACCAGCGUGUGGCCCUGAUCUGCCUACCCCCUGAGCGGUAUGUGGUGCCUCCAGGGACCAAGUGUGAGAUUGCAGGCUGGGGUGAGACCAAAGGUACAAGUGAUGACAUGGUCCUAAAUGUGGCCUUGCUGAAAGUCAUCUCCAACCAGAAGUGUAAUGUCAAGCAUCGAGGACGUGUCCGAGAGCACGAGAUGUGCACUGAGGGAUUAUUGGUCCCUAUGGGGGCCUGUGAGGGUGACUACGGUGGCCCACUUGCCUGCUUUACCCAUGACUGCUGGGUCCUGGAGGGAAUUAUAAUCCCCAACCGAGUGUGUGCCCGGCCCGGCUGGCCAGCCAUCUUCAUGCGUGUCUCUGUGUUUGUGGACUGGAUUCACAAGGUCAUACAGCUGGGCUAGGCCUGGUCUUAACCCCUUGCAUUAGGGAGCACAAAAUUUGUCAGACAUAAAGCCACCUUUUCUCUUUACA